AUGGUAUCCGAUUCAAGGGGCACUCUCAAACAGUGUGGAAGUCGGCGGCCGCAAAAACAGCAUAUAACUUUUGCGUCGCAUGCAGAGAGCGUUCCAAAGUCUUCAAAAGGCGGGUUGCACCCGCUUCCUGUUAGCACAUUCAGUGCAGACUCCACGGGCGAUGAUGUUAGUGAAGAGGACGACGAAUGCAGAUGGCGGUCGGAGACGGAAAGUCUGCGAAACUGCAGCAACAACAACAACGACCAAGUGUUAUUCGUGCAGAUUCCCAAAAAUGGCGAACAGCGAAUAUCGAAGAUUCGGCCCAAUCAAUCCGCUAUCAGUCAUUGGAAGAGAGCUGGUUCUUGUUCGUUUCCGGAGCCUGUUCACCCGCCGCUGGCAUAUCAGCUCAAUGGUGAUAUUCUCAAUAAACCUACAAAGGCAGCUGAAGCCCGCAGGACUGAGGAUAAAGACAAAAAGGGGUUAAGAAACGGAGCAGGUGGAAUGGCCGAGGGGGCGCGUGUAAAAGGGCUCAGGCGCGGGGGGACCGCAGCUGAAGCUUCGCGUCGGACGGCCGACGCGGCGUGGGAGCGUGGUCCCCCUAACAGACUGCCGCUGGCUGAUGAGAAACAGACACCAGCAGCCGCUGAGGCGGCGCGAACCGCUGUCAGAAUGAUGCUGGAGUCUCGUUACGGCAAUUCUACACCCAACGUCUUCCCACCCCCGAAAAAGCGUGGUGAAGAAUCAGUGGUUUGGCAGCCUGUUGACCACUCGAGGAAUCACUAUAAUCCACUAACUGCUAUGCAAGGCUGCAAGGUCACAGCUAAACCACAGGCUGAAACAACAAACAGUCAAAGCCAGCGAUCAUCUAAGACUGCUCAUCAUAUUGACGCACGAUCGUUACAAGCAACAAAAGAGCCGAGUCCAGAAAAUACACCAGUAUAUCCGACCAAACACAACGUCUCGGGAAAUCCCCUAGUAGGCAAUCGUGGAAAUCUGCCGUUGGUUGCUGAAUCGUCAUUUGGGGGUCCGCCAAAAGUUCUGAUGGACGAGAAAGUUGGUCAUCCAUCCGUCCGCGAACGAUUUCAUACCGCACUAUCGCGUUUCACAAAUAACGAAAUAGAAAACGGUAAGUAAAUCUGAAGACUUAACAGGUCCAGAAUCACACAAUUUUGAACGUUAAAAGUCAGAAGAUCUUCAGUUAAUGAGUUUAUACUUUGCUGGGCAAUGUACAACUUCACAAUUUCGAAGACUCGGAUGAGGUAUUAUUCUGCGGAAAACAAGUGUUUUCCCAAGAUACUUGGUGACUUAAAAGGACUAGGGCGUCUUCUUCUUACCAAGGAAAUUAAUCGACCUAUCUGAUUAAAGGUGGCAGAAUUCAUAAAUUAUUGCUAAUCACUCACAAACCGACACCAAUGCGUGAACCCGAUAUCUGCGUUAACAGAUAACUACUUUAAAGGCAUUGAAGAUUGCUUAGAGGCACCACUUUUUCAGAAAAGUUGAAAAUUCCGAAGGCGUCAAAAGUGGUCGUAAUUGAGUAAAUGUCGAUUUUAGAUGUACAGAAUGUCUGUCCAUGGAAAACCAAGAAAAUAUGACAGCACAAAUUAGACGACAUUUAACAAUGGUGUUUUAGUGAAUUUUACAUUAAAAUGACAUUUAAGAAUUAAUGCAAUGUUAGGUAUCGUGGUUUGCCAACAGCCUGCAUCCUGAGUAUAGAUUCCAAAACAGUUUCCGAGAAUUCGUUGUAUCUUCUUCGCCUCUGCAUUAACUGGCAUGCGAUCCACUAAGGCAAACAGGGUUCCGCUUGAUUUCAUCGAUAGGGGCCUCAUACAGAUAAGAAAUUUCAUAAGAUCACAUGAUGUCAGGCUGAUCGGUGACGAAUGAAUUUAAAUAUAGCUGUUGUCUACUAAUUGGUAACGCGUAAUUAUGGCUCUACACAAGACCUGGCCUAAGCAGACUUGCUGAAUCGGUAGGCGGCAGGUGUCAGGAAAUAUAACACCCAAAUAUUCUACAAUGGCGUUUUUACAGGUUUUACAUUUGAGACGUUUGUGCUUCUAUUAAUGACUGUCUUUAAGGUCGACCCUCUGACGUCCAGGAAAGAGACAUCCAGCAGGCGCCGAAAGAAGCUCCACCGGUCUCUGCCAAUGCGGACCCUUUGCCAACACAAAAAGGCCGGGACUUGGAGUUGGGUAGAGAGCAUGAAGUUCUUAGACCAAAACAACUCUGGCGAACAAAGUCAAUUGGACGUACCAGUUCUGAGAAGAAAAGGGAUGAGCAGAGUAGCGACCACUCUUCUGGUGCUCUCCUUUUUCCCAAGUCAGCUGCUGGAAGCUCCAUCUCCACAUCAAAAUCAGACUCUGAAGUAAAUUUUCAACGCGGAUUUAGAGACCAAAGUCACACCUCGCAAGGUGCUUUAGAUGACAAAGGCCAAGCAAGCAAAUUAUUGAACCCGAACUCUAAGAAUGCAAUGGACGGAUAUGUCAUGACCAGAAGGAACGCCCAGGGGUUCCCAAAACCCACAGGCAAGUCCAUGCUUAUAUUAGGGAAAUUUCAAAGGCAAUUGGCAAUCGCCACGCACUAGUUGUGCAGGUAUCAAUGGUGAGACUGUCUAGUUUCAAAGUGCGUACGCUGGGCAGACAUGGUGAUCGUGCAUUCCAAAAAUAAUGUGAGAUCUACGCACGCCAUGAGAAUAGGUCUUUUAGAACAUUGAUCAGGAUUUCUAAUCCUUCGAUAUUUACGUCGAGAAACAUUAAAAUCAAAUCAAGAUUAGUGUAUUUCGAAUAAAUGACAGAAGCCCUUGAAACUCCAUUUUAAAAAAGUCAAUGUGAAGAGCAGCUACGUUGCGAAGAUUUACAGGUAAUUCUAGCAUGUGAAAUAUGUAGGACUGAUAGCGAAACAGGAGUGUCAAAAAGCCGGUGAAUUUGUUAAAUAGCAGUCAACGACAUAUUGACUGCAUUUGCACGCAGAAAGUUCUGCAGUAUUAAGGUUAUUACAAAAAAUGUGUUAUUGAAGUCAAGAUAGUAGCUUGUUGACGGUUAUAACAGUGACUUGUCAGAUGGGUUUGGGGAUUUCCGGUUGACCUUUAAGAGGUGAGGCUUCUUAAACACACUCACGUUGGUCGAAUGCACGGCCUAUGUCGGUAAAGAAUUCCACUGUUGAAUGACUUUUUGCGAAAAAAAGAGGGGACGUUGAUUGGUGCGGCACAGCUCCUUUACAAGUUGGCAAUCAUGAAGUACCAUUUCAAAAAAAUUCUCAGUCCUUAUCAAGAUCAAGUCUCCUUAACAAAUAAAAUGUUAUUACAAGGCCACAUCUGUCUUGUUUAUAAUGGGGGAAGUAGAGAUUUAAGGCAGCCAGGAGCUGUUCGUACUCCAAAUUCUUUAGUUCAGGAACAUAAGAUUGUAGAACGUCGUUGUACACCUUUCAACAUAAUUAUGCCUUUCCGAAGCGGCGAAGUAAGUGGGCUAACUCAUGAAAUGUCAACCGAAAUUCCUAACCACGUUUUCGUUUCGAAAAGAUUCAUUAUGUAGGAUUGUAAAAUUAAUCAUCCUGCAGCAUAGUUCUAUAAUAAUUCAGUCACCUCAGGAUGCCGGCUUUCGAAUAAACUUUUUUCGGCUGUAUGCAAUAGUUAUACUCUGUAAAAAAUCACUACUUAAGUAGUAUGCACUUUUCUCAUUUAUUUUCGAAGCCCUUAUGGAACUUACUCGUUCCGUUGUGCCUUACGGGCUCUCUCUCUCUCGAGCCCAACCAGCAGCUGCACAGCGGCGCAUGAUAAAGGCAGCAUGUUGUUACCGACAAAGACAAGGGAGACUGGAAUGGCCAUUUCUGACUUAGUAGCUGUCGUCAGCCAGUCAUUCCAAACCCCGAGGUGUGGAACACCUGGGGCUCGAACUCAGGACCUGUUAGUUAGGAGUCCAACGCCCCUAACCACUGACGCCUCUAACGGUGAGCGCCCCUCUACCAAUGUGGGUAUAGUAAUACAAUACUGUUUCAGCCUUAUUCAGCCUUCAUUCCAGCGACCAUAACCCUGGUCACCAGCUGGGACCAGAAACACGAAAGCACGCUCGUACACGGCGCAGAUGGUUCACAGACGGGGCUUAACAGAUGGAUCUCGUAGUUGGUUGCCGCCCAUAUGGAGCUUGUUUGCCUCCGGAGGUCAAUAAAUAGGGGUGGAUCCAUUCCUAUGUGAAUAAAUCCCCGAUCUGCAGCGUCGGAAUAUGACGGGUCGCGAAGCACUGAUGUAAUUCGGUUCGAUGAAGUGCCUAUAACCCAUCUGCUAGACCCCGUCUGCAGACCAUCCGCGCUGUGUGACAGCGUAUCUUCAAGAAGUAAAGCAAUUUCAUUAAAAUAGGGUAUGAACUGGACGGGAAUCUGCGGUGUUACCAUGUGCCAUUAAUGCUUCCGGUUAGUCAGUCAAAUUCGAAUCACCUUGUAUCUCUCGUCAGCUGAGGGACGCCGAGCAGUUGGAUCAUAAGCCAGCAGUAUGCAAAAGCCAUUCAGGCAAAUGAACUUUGUCACAGUAAACCAGACAUGGACUCCUAUCACCCGAACUGUUAUUAAGUUACGUGAAAUGCAGCCAAUGCCCAAUCAAACGGUGCUAUCCCACACUAAGUAAAAUACUGCGAGUGGGAACCAGAUUUAUGGAUCCACCAUGCAAUUGACUUCACAUUACCAAGUUAACUGAUGUUGCGGAAUUCCUAUCUGCCAACUACCGCCCUCAAAUAGAGCUUGAAUUCUAAAUUAAUAACCAAAAACAUCUCAGGUCAGUUCAGUUCGACUGUCGGAAUUAAAGAGGCCUUCAACAGCUCUCUCAUUUUAUGUAGAAAUCGCAAUUAAGAUACUCGUGGACAUGAAUGCCAUCAAACGUCCAUAUACCUAAAUCCAAUGAAUUGUUCUCCUCAAAAUGGCGUUUGGCUGUAUUAUCGCCAAAGCAUCAUUAUAUUAACAGAUUCAGGUCACGUUCGAGAGGCCGCAGUCGGGUGGGGCAAAAGCGUACACGCUCACAAAGGCAAUAAAACGGACUGCGGAUAAAGGCGACUUAGGUACUGCGUUCAUAUGUUACUUAAAUGCAUACUUUUUCUCCCUAGCGUUGAUUACCGCAAACCAAACUCGCUGAUGCAAAAGUGAAUGAAACAAAGAAGCGUUAUUUAAUUUUUCCCAAGGAAAUAAGCGAGUAACUUGUCAAAAGCAGACUGAAUAAGGCUUGAUGAGAGUUUGGGCAAGUCAAGCAUAUGUGUAGUCGCCUCAUCUGAGAUGUCGGACCAUGGACGACUUCCACAUACGCGGAAUUUGCCCAACCAUACAACGCUGCAGAUACUAGCCCUGUCCCAUCCAUUUAUUCGCUAAGACUACAGAUUGAAGUAGUGUAUAGAAUGGUCUUGUAAACCGUCGCUGGCAGAUUUCGUGGUAUUAAAGACCAUUUUAAUUACUCUGAAAGUAACCCCCACCCUCGGUGCAUCGUUCUUUUAUGCCGGUCUCUUUAUUAAUAUACCCUUAAUUAAGUUUAUUUCCCUACAUCCAUUUUAGUUCAGGACGCCCUGAGAAAAAUAAAUGAAUACUUCCGGUACGACGAAAAUCUGUUUACUUCAAAAUGUCUACCAUAAAUUUGUCCGAAAAGGCUCAACAAAAUAUACAUUGAAAUUUAAACACGAGUUCAACGAUCUAACUCUUGUAAUCUUUUCUAACAGGAAAUACACUGACGAGAGCAUUGAACUCCUUGAGGCAAAAAACAUUAUCCUCAAGUUUUGCCAAUUGAAUACCAAGGAGUAUAUACAUCAGGUAAGUUCCCAAUUUCAACAUAUUUUCGGCCCAUCGGCAGCCCACUCGACUAUCAGCUCUCUUGCCACACAAGCGAAUAUGUGCUCGAAUGGCUUUUAGGUGUGCGCGUAUAACCACUUCGUCCUCAUGUCUGGCGAGUGAUUAAUAUGCACUGUUAUGUUGUCUAUGCCACUUUUCUCAUCAUCCCCACCUCCCUCCCCCCUGACAGCACAUGGGAGUACAUUCGUCCUCGCGAACAACUCAGCGUAUGCGUCCCCACCUUGUGGUGAAGUCUGCUGGGUCACGCAGCAUGAGCUGCGGUAGAAAUACAACACGAGAUGCAUGCGCAUGUGGGUCGGCUUGCACAUAAACGCCGACUGGGGAAUUCGGACAUUUGUAAGAGGAAAGUCAGGUAUUUGCGCAGGCUAUUAAGAGACCAUGCGUAAUANAUGAAAUUUCCCAAUCGCCUUUUCCUGUCCACACGAAUUGAAAUAUUUUUCAUAAAAAGUGGACGCGAUAAGUCGUGAAAUAUUAAGCGAAAUUGUAAAAUGCUACUCAGACUCAAAAAGGUUACAUAAGUAUGGUUGUAAUAUUAAUAAGCGCGCAGCAUAAUCUCAUGAUAAUUCAGCUACUCCGUGAUGCCGACCAUCGAACAAACGUCUUCAGGGCUGCCAGCAAGAAACGCACUGGGCAUGAGAUUUUCUAAUCGAUUUUCGAUGUCCUUAUAAAUUACAAAUAUAUUUCACUGAAAACAUGUAUAAAAAUUUUCACUAUUUUACUCAUUUGGCAGAAAAUUACGCCUUCAAAGUUCAUGCCUGAUAGAAGAGCAGAGUUCGGUUCUAAAAAAAGUUUUCCGAUUCCCAGACAACUUCGAACCAGAACUGCCGACACGCUUGCAUUCAGGAUUUCCAAACUACAAGCUUUAUGUUUUCAGUGUACAGAAAAUCGCAUACUUCUCUACGUUAUUAAGAGGACACCGUAUAGAGGUUCGUAAAAUCUAGCAAUUAAUUUGAACAUAUCGUAAACUUUACGAGCAACAUUGGUAAAUGCAGUGACGGAAUGUGUCAUCAACAAGCAUUUCGCGGUCUUAAAAAUCUCAAAAUUGGAGGCCGAAUUAUACUCUUCCUUCGAGUAUAAAAUUCGAGGAAGACGUAAUUUUCUACCGGAUUAGCAAAAGAAUAGUGUUAUGCACGUUUUCCAUGAAAUGAUUUUUUAAUUUAUAAGGGCAUCGAAAAUCAAUGAAGAAAUGUCAUGCUCCUUAAGGGGCCAUGCUUUGCCGAGUGCAAUCUUUGCUGGCAGCCGGAAAGAAGUUAGAUCGAAAGCCCGCAUCCCGAAGUGAAUCAAUUAUCAUGAGAUUAUUCUGCAUGCUAAUUAAUUUUAUAACCGCACUUAAGUAAUCUUUUUUUCAGUUAAGAACGCAUCUCAGAACUCCGGUUAACAUUUCGUGACUUAGCACAUCUAUUGUACGCAGAAUAAUAUCCCUUCUCGUACUCAUUUGGUAGUAAAUCAUGUAGUCUCCGGGUUUUUCUCCUGAGAAAAAGAGUAUCUUCCGGUUUUACAAAGUUCGCUAUUAUGGGACUUAAGGCCGUGAGAUUCCCAUGCAAAUAGUAACGUAUAUAUCAAUUCAUAAAUGCCCGUCAUGGACUACACAUAGUCUGCGUCCAUUGGAAAGUUUCGUGAGCACCACACGCUAUAUUUUAAUAGCAUAAGGGAGUUUACGAUUUUCCUUGCAUGGUAGGUAUACAGCUUGUACUUUGGCAACCCUAAAAGCAAGUGCAGCGGCAUGUAGGGGUAACAUAUUAUUCGACAAUUGAAAAAUAUUUUUAAAACCUACAGAUACCCUUUCAAUAAGCACACAGUUUGGGAAAGACGCAAUUAACUGCAAAAUGAGCACAAGGGUAUUUGGGUGGAUUUUGAGAGGGAACGAAUACCAUACUACUUAGGCAGCCACUUUUUAACCAAGUGCGACUCGUGCGAUCGGUCGGAAAGAUGCGCAUUCAGAGGCCGGCGUCCCGGUGACUGAAAUAUUUUAAGGUCAUGCUCCGCGCUAAUAAAUCCGAGGACCCCAUCUAAACAACCGUUUCUAAUCUAAAACGCAUUUCGGAAUUUCGAUUGACAUUUCACGAAGCAGACCAUCUGUUGCACAAGAAUCCUAAAAAUUGCAGACGAGUCAAUGCAAACGAGUGUCAUGAAUCUUCCCUUGUCCCCUAUCUCUGAGUUCUAAAAAUGGUAACCAAUUUUUGACGGUGGAAAGUAGCGAUACACACGAAAAGAGCAGUGCCGAACAGCUGCUGAGAACGAGUAUAUCCGACGGCCAGAACAAGAGCUUUAUUGGUUCGGCAUCCCAGAUCCAUGCUCAUACUCAUCAUGCAUGCCAGAAUCAACAGUAGUGAGGUCCAAGAUGCAGUGUUUAUAGGGUUACUCGUCGUUGAUAUUCUCUUAACUAGCUCGACGUUGCAGUCCCCUUACCUCUGUGUCUGAUGGUUCGUUUGAGCAUGUAUUCUAGGCGUCAGCCCGAUGAAGCUAUUGUUCCAACGACCGAACACGCUGGCCGGAGGCAACUUACAUUUACUGGCUUUUGCUGCGAGAGCAUAAACGAGAACAAAACGCUAGGAGUAAUUAAAAGGAGGCCCUCCAACUUUUGGUUUAGCAAACGACAAGCAGGCUCACUCGGUCAUUGGAUGAUGAUGGGUUCCGAUGAUCUAUGCUGCAAAACAAAGUUUACCAUGCAGCACUCAAGUCACUUAGCCUACGAGUUCCUGUCAUCUCGAGGAUGUUGGACUGCGUAGCAGAGGACAACAGAAAAACCGAAGUAACGAUCAGGGACAGUACUAUGGUGCAAUUAAAAAUUAUUUGCGCGCACAAAACUCACUAUAGGCAGUGCAAACGUAAUACCGAGUCGUGUACAAGCAUGUUGCAAAGAAUGAACGUCUACCUAGAGGACAUCGUUCUCUUGAUAGACAACCAACAUCAAGGGUCAGCCUAUGCUUUUCAGAAGCCACCACCAAAUACUUGCGAACUACUAUUUAGCGGCAAGCUGGUCGCUAAAUGGGCAAACUCGGAUGCCCGAAACACACGAAAAGAUGCGCUGCAUGGUUCAGCAUACCUAGGGGUUUGAACACGGCAAUGAAAACUGAACCGGACGACGCAGCGCAAUUAGCGCGACACACCAUCACGCCAGUCAAGUGAGAAUUCGUAGGUAAAUUGAGCGCCUCACUCUUUAACCGGGUCGACUCACCAGAUUUACGACUGAAGCCAACCAGACAACCUUUGAGCGGGACGGACAAUUUCCUAGUCCGCAGGAUGACUGAAAUAUGGGCGGCGCACGGCCCCCAGCACUCCACCAAGUUUGUACGCCAAAGGAAGUCAACAAUGCAUGUUCCUUUUAGGGGGUGGAAAUCACUAAUUUCUCAACGUCGUGGGAGGACGGGACUGCUUUAUGCGCUCUGGUGCACCACUUCUUCCCUACUGCAUUCGACUUCUACAAUUUGAAAAAUGUCAACAAGCAGGAGAAGAUCAAACUGGCACUCAGCACAGCACAGUGA